AUACGGCCAGUAGCCGAGCAGUCAAAAUAAUCGUUCCGUGACUGUCGUGAGAUCUCGAUAACUGUGUUUCACAAAUUUUCAGACAUGUUCGCAAUUAUCAAGAAAACGAACCUUGCAAUCUCAAGAUUAUCAAUAAUCUCAUUUGUAAGAGCACUGGCUACUCAACCAGGCAUCCAGUCAACAAGUAGAGUCUCCUUCAGCCCAAUACCGGCCGCUGACUUAAAACAAAGAGAUUUAAAUCCUUUGGCCGGGAGAAAGUAUCUGCCAGGUUCCUGGAGCCAAACAUUCCCAAAGUACCUAGCGAACCCCAGAGAAGAUUUUCCAUAUGCAGUUCAGUUAGAAAACCCAGAUAAUGUAUCCUUUUCAGAGUUAGGGAAGUUGUUCCGGAAAACACUUGAUACCAACCUCCCACGCGCUUCUGCAGUGCUGUUACGAGGGACUGGUAUUCAAAAUUUGCAGAAUUUCAAAGAUUUAGUGCAAGCACUGGACUACAAAGCCACUAAUUACAAGGGAGGGACUGGUAACAGAGAGGUCCUUGACCCCCUGAUUUCUGUCUCUACUGCUGAUCCAAUGGAGUUCAACAUUGAACUGCACAAUGAAAUGGCAGACACUCCAUAUUUUAAUGCACACAAAGCAAUAUUUUGCUGCUUGCAGCCUCCUGGACCGAACUGUGGCGGACUCACUCCAAUAUCUAAGAAUUCCAACAUCUUAGCGAGUCUUGAUCCUGAAGUCGUGGAAAUUAUUAAAAAGAGAAAGAUCAGAUAUCUCAGAUAUGUUCCUGAUGCAAGUGAGAAGCAGUAUGCAUCUUGGCAGCAAUCGUUCAUGACUGACGAUAAAAAAGUCGUCGAGGAUUUCCUCAGAAAAGGCGGAAUAAGUAACUACGCUUGGACGGACAAGAACCAACUAACGUACUGGUAUACUCUGGACGCCUUCAUACCACACCCCGUGACGGGUAAACCCAUUUGGUUCAACCAAAUAGAAAACCAUCAUUAUACAUAUUUGAGCGAGUCACCCAUGUACGAGGGAGUUGACUUGCCACCAAACAGGUAUCCUUUUCAUACACAAUAUGGUGACGGCGAAGAAAUCGAUCCAGAGAUCAUUGACCACGUGCGAAGUGCUGAUUGGUCUAACGCUGUUGGAUUUGAUUGGAAGAAAGGUGACGUGAUAGUGAUUGACAACCUUGCAGCGAAGCAUGCGAGACUAAGUUACACUGGACCGCGAAAGCUCUUGGUUUCAUUGACAUCUAACUAGUGUAAAACUGAGUGACUCUGGUUGCCUUAUUUCGUCCACUGAAAAAUGAAAAGGUUGUUAGUGCUUUGUUUUAAAAAACUCUUCUACAUUAUAGAUUAUAGCGAAAUAUAUAUGUAAAAAUCGCAUAACUCGUGACUCGAAACAUCUUUCAAUAUAUUAAUUCUCCGCACGUUGCAACAAGUUUUGGUGUUUUCUUCGCGGCGUGUAUCGUCUCCUGUAUGUAAAUAGGAUAGGCCUACUUGAAAGGUUUUGAACUGACCACAAAAAAAGGAAAAUAUCGAUCAGUUCUGUGACAUUCCGAGACACUAAAGCGCGAGGGCGUUGUUUUUAAUUUUCAAAUUAUCAAAUUUUCGAGUUCAUCCGAAACUCACAUUUCAGAAAAACUCUUUCUGCAAGAUAUUCGCAAGAUAGAAAACUUGACAAGAUCACCGCGAGUGCUUGCGAUAUCUUACGGCAAAUAACAGAAAGCUUUGUGAUCGUUAUUUUUAAUAUUAUUGUAAAAGCUAAUGUUGCGAUAGGGAUGUCGUAGCCUCUUUCUAUAAGACUAGUACCAUUGUUUGACGGCAGAGCAAUGUGGCAGCAAAAUGAGGCUAGGGCUAUGGAAAGGGAUUGCGCAGUCCCCAAUAUAACAUCCUUUCAAUAGCUUUAAAAUAGUUACCCAUGCUUGAUGGUGAAGAAAGACAGGCUAGUAAAUAAUAUUUUAAUCAAAACCAUGAACAAACAUUUGAAAUUCUAUAAUGUAACAUUAAUAUCAUUUGUUUUGAAAUAUAAUGUAAUGAGGUUCAAUGAGAAUUAUUUGUCUGCAAUACUG